AUGGCUCAUCCUCAAGACCAUGGCUUUUGUUCUAAUGGUGCUGCGAGGCUGGCUUUGGUUUUGGUUGGUGUGUGUUUGGUUGGUUACACCGUACGUCAAUCACUACAUUGGCGCUUUAUUAUGGAGACUAGUUCAUGUCCUCCAUGUCUUUGUGACUGUUCAGAUGAAUCUGCCCUCGUACCUAUAGGUGAGAUUCCCUUUUCAAUGAUUGCAAAUCUAUGUGUUUACCAAAUAUGUUUGAAGAAAGACUGUGGAAAACAUGAACCAGAAAUGAAAGAAGAAAUGGAGAAGGAUAUCGUCGCAUUGAUGUCGGAAGAGCUAAGUUUGCAGGAGGCUGUUGCAAAUGAAACCCUGCAACGGAGCGAAGAGUUGUUGAGAACUGCUAGGAGUGUCUCUUUACACUACCAAAAAGAAGCUGAAAAAUGUACUGCAGGAGUGGAAACUUGUGAAGAAGCAAGGGAGAGGGCUCAAGGGCAACUUGCAGAAGAGCUCAAGGCUUCAGAAAUAUGGGAGAGACGAGCUCGAGAGCUCGGUUGGGAAGAAAUGACAAUAUGA